AUGCCGCCAGCAGGCUCCGCCUUCUUGCACCACCGAUCCCAGGCUACGAAGCAACCGAAACAGUCACGCCAACGGCGACGGAUGCCGUACCCACUCGAUGCCAACCCGCAGGAACGCUCGCCCUCACAUUCGCCGCCGUUCCUGUUCUCGCCGUCCGCAUCGGCUCCGUCUAUUGCGGAAACACCACGGGAAGUCGAACAGCUCGCCGGCGAGUUCAGCCGCCACCAUCUCGAGCAUACGAAGGCAGCCAGACCAUGUAGCACUAGCGGCAGUAUCAACACUAGUGUCAGUGGAUGCGGAAGUGGAAGUGGUAUUGGCAGCGGACGCAGCGGACGCAGCCGAGGCGGCGAGCUUUGUAGUGGCCCCGGAAAUCGAUAUGAAAGCCGAUAUGGGGACGCCCUGGCUAAUUUCAGCCCUGGCAUGGCCGAGUUCCGUCUGCGCCGUUGUGGCAACGAACCCGUCAUGGAUCUCGAAGUCGACAUGGACCAGGAUAAUCGAAAUGACGAUGGUGACUGUGUGAUUCGGCCGCCGUCACCAUCGCCCUUAGAGUCAGCGUCCCAGCGCGGUCCCUCGUCGUCGUAUGCGCCUAGUGUGGAUAUCGAUGCCGGUCCCGUUGUUCCGCACGGCUUGCAGCGCAUGCGGAUGCGCCAAACCGCUUUAGCUGAUGCCAGCGUGCGUCAUCUCAACCUCGACCUGAAGCCGUUUCAUCGGCAGACCGGCCCCGAGACCGACAUAUCACAAGAGCCGAAACCAGAGACGGUACCUCCCGCAGAAACGGCAACACCAACAGCAACAUUAGCCGCCGCGCAGGCGGAGCAGACAAUACCAGCACUGGUACCAGCUGGUACUGGAGCGGCAGCUUUGGCGGCAGCAUCGUCGAUUGAGUUGGGAGACGAUAACUUGGCACCGCUUCCCCUCGAAUCCAUGGCUAUGCUAGCACCAUAUCCGCAACACUCGUUCCACCCUCACCCACAGCCCUACGCACGCUCCUACUACUCACAAUCACUGUCCUACUCUCACUCUCUGCCACAAUCGCGCCCUCACUCCCGUCAACCCUCCAUAUCCGCAUCAACACGAAGCGAUAUCCCGCCCCCGCACUCCCUUCCCUUGUCACGCGAAGCUCUCACUAUGCCGCACUUGGCUCCCUUGCACAACGAUGUUCCGUCGUCCGGCUACGAUAUGAAGGGCUGGUUGAGUUCCAGCAGCAUGGUCGAGGCUUCUACGUCGCUUAUCACGGGUACCAUUGACAACCACAGCGAAACGAUUGCAAUUGAUAUGGUUGCACAUAAGACCGAGGCCGACUCUUCCGUUGUUCGUAGCCCACAUGCUAUGGAUACACGUGUUGAAGAUACCACUUCCAACAAUGACCAGCGCAGCGACUACCCAUCUACUGAAGCAUCAUCAGCAAGAGAAACAACCCGAACCAGCGAGCGCCUACAGCCGAGAAAACAGUUCUACACUGCCUACCUCCAGCCACACCAACUUUCCUUUUUACAUAACAGUGACGGGCCGAACCCGCCCAUGGAUACGUUAGAGGCCGACAUGGAUAAACCCAAUACGGAGAGCAUUGCCGACCGCGUUUCCACAAUCCCGGAAGAAGCUGAGGGCGCGCAAACACCUGUAUCCGGAUCUGCGUCGGGCUCGACCACUCUCUCGCACGCAACUAAUCAAGACAGCGCGAAGACCACCACCCCGAGCGGCCAGUACAUGCUCCCCUCUCAACGUGUGCGGCUGAUCCAAAUGGCCAUGGCCCGUGAGGCCGAGCGUGUUCGGUCGGAAAACUCUGCCGAUGGUAGCUCGACAAAUGGCUCGAAUGUCGUAGUACCGACCGACGACCGGAUGGAUGUCGAGAUGGCAGACCCAAUCGCCAUCGAAGCGCAGGCUCCGUCUCUCGGCCUUUCCUCCAGCAUCAACAGUUCGCUCAUUGGAUCACUGCCACCACUAUGGGACCCGGAUCAGCCCGAGUCUCUCCACAAGUACAUAGGACCCUUCCGUUACCGCCUGUCGUCCGAAGUGGCCAUGCGCUGUACGAAUCUCGUGCACAACAAGCCGCGUAUGCGUCGGCGGCGACCGCCUGGCGAUGGCAGCGUGGCCACCAAUGACAGCACCAGCAGCCUUCGGGGCGGCAGCCACAAAGACGGCAGCGGUUUGCAAAGCGAUCAGCGCAGCGAACGGCGCAGGGAACGCCAUCGGGAACGAGCUCGCAAACGCGAAGAGAGAGCAAACCGUGAUCCAAACCGAGAACGAGAACAGGAUGCGAACCAACCCCGUGAAAGCCGAGAGAGGAGAAGCAGGACAAGCCAAACCCGCGAGCACGCUCGUUUGGCCACAGCCCACUCCGAAGCUCAGAAGCAGUCUGUCCCACUAGCGAAGCCCUCACCACCGCCUGAGCCCUUGGUACCGCCGGUCCCGGACCCAGCUCUCAUGCAGGUUGAGCAGCCUCAACUGCAACAGCCUGAACAAGUGCAACGACCGACGCAGCAGUACCUGCUUCCUGUUUGGGCACCGUCCGCCCCUGAGUCGAUCGAUGUGCCCGCCGACAUGUCUUGA